AUGGCGAAGCGUACAGUUAAGAUGGGCGUCAUGGGACGCUACGGCGCUCGCUAUGGUGCCAAUCCCAGGAAGCGUGCCAAGAAGCUCGAGGUAUCGCAGCACGCGAGGCAUUUUUGCUCAUUCUGUGGCAAGUUUGCCUUCCGCCGCAAGGCUGUUGGUAUCUGGCGCUGUGACGGGUGCUCCAAGACCGUGGCUGGAGGUGCUUAUACACUGAGCACUCCUAACAACAGCACUGUCCGGUCCACUGUUCGUCGCCUUCGUGAACUGAAGUAA